AUGAGCACAUCGUCGUCUCCCAGACCAACCCGCCGAAGAAGAGGCUCCUCGGUUGGGAACAUUAAUGUGGGUGAUACCUCAGCUCCAGGGUUUUCUACUAUGAAACUCACAGCUUCGCAAAGACAGAAGCUGAAUCAACGGGUGAGAGCUUUGAGCGACGAAUCCAGAACCGAUGUGGCCAUUGUACGCAAAAUGUUCGUGGCUUUCAAGGAAUUGAGUUUUAGGCAUACUUGGAUUAAUCCAUUUAUUGUCUUGAGUGUAUUCUUCGUGGCAUACUUUGGUACGAACGAUGAUAGCUCCCUCCACCAAACUUUGGAGAAACUAAUCAAGCCCUCUUAUCAUAUCGAGGGUACGGAUCAGUAUGGAAAAGGCGUGAAUGAUUUCUAUUUCGUGGGAUUCUACGCCCUUUUCUUUACAUUUCUCAGAGAAUUCAUGAUGUGUGUGGUUUUGAGGCCGCUUGCUGGAUUAUUGGGUGUUACGAGACCACACAAAGUCAACAGGUUCAUGGAACAAAGUUACGCGAUGUUCUACUAUGGUCUUUCUGGCCCAUAUGGACUAUAUGUGAUGAGCACCAUGCCGCUUUGGUUUUUUGAAACCACUCCUUUGUAUGAAAAUUACCCUCACAAAACUCAUGAUUGGCUUUUUAAGGUAUACUACCUUGGACAAGCGGCAUUUUGGGUUCAACAAUCUGUCGUUCUAGUUUUACAACUUGAAAAGCCCAGAAAAGACUUUCACGAACUAAUUCUUCAUCACAUCAUCACAAUCGCUCUCAUCUGGUUGUCUUAUCGUUUUCAUUUUACAUGGAUGGGUAUCGAAAUCUACGUGACUAUGGACGUUUCAGAUUUCUUCUUGGCAACCUCCAAAACAUUGAACUAUCUAGAUUCGAUUCUCACGGGCCAUUCUUGA